UGAUCUAGUGGACGGAACGCUUCUUUCAGCAGCAGCAACAGUUAGUCAGCCACCUCCGUAGCUUGCUAGACAAAAUAGCCGAACCAAUAAAGCUCUUUAGACGCUUUAGUGUAUAUUAGCCACUGUGUUUUAAACCCACUUCUGUCGUCUAGUUAGUUUUCCGCUUUAAUUUCAUAUUUACGGUGUUGUUGUUAUUAGUCAGCUAGCGAGCUGGUUAAGUUAGCAUUGGCCUAGCUAACAUCUCCGACCAUGCGGCCAGUAAACUACUCUCCUUCUAAUGAAGAGGAGGAUAUCACAAUAAAACAAGAAGUAGAGGGUGAGGCCGUUACUGUGAAAGAAGAGAAAGACGCGUUCAGAGUGAAAGAGGAGGAGGAUGCAGUUUAUGGAUUGAAAGAGGAGGAGGGGGAGAUGACUGUCCCGUCCAAAAAGGAGGAGGAAGAAGAGGAGGACCCUGGAUAUCUGGGCCCGGUUUCCCAAACGCAUCUUAAGGUGUCCGAUGGUGCAGUUUGCCAUAAGAUGGUUUUGAGAAACCGUUCCCUGAUUAACACUAGAGAGAUACAGGACUAUCGUGGAUCCUCUGGGGAGCCUGAACAACCUCAUGAUGCUGAUGAGGCAGAGAAGAGUCUCUCCACAUCAGGACAUGUCAAGAAACACCUGCAGAGACCCACAGGGAAGAGAACUCACUGCUGCUCUGACUGUGGGAAGAGAUUCACCUCCUCAUCAGGCAUUAAAAUUCAUCAUAGAAUCCACACAGGAGAGAAGCCUUAUAGCUGUGGUCAAUGUGGGAAGAGUUUUUCUACUUCUAGAUAUCUGACUAUACACCGGAGAACACACACAGGAGAGAAACCAUAUAGCUGUGGUCAAUGUGGGAAGAGUUUUGCUAGAUCAAACAUUCUGACAUUCCACCAGAGAAUACACACAGGAGAGAAACCUUAUAGCUGUGACCAAUGUGGGAAGAGUUUUACUUCAUCUAGCAGUCUUAUUGUACACCAGAGAACACACACAGGAGAGAAACCUUACAGUUGUGAUCAAUGUGGGAAGAGUUUUACUUCAUCUAGUGGUCUUAUUGUACACCAGAGAACACACACAGGAGAGAGACCUUAUAGCUGUGAUCAAUGUGGGAAAAGUUUUAAUUCAUCUAGCUGUCUUACUGUACACCAGAGAACACACACAGGAGAGAAACCGUUUAGCUGUGAUCAAUGUGGGAAGAGUUUUACUACUUCGAGCUAUCUGACUCUACACCAGAGAACACACACAGGAGAGAAACCUUUUAGCUGUGGUCAAUGUGGGAAUAGAUUUACGACAUCUGGUUCUCUGACUGUACACCAAAGAACACACACAGGAGAGAAACCUCAUAGCUGUAAUCAAUGUGGGAAGGGAUACUCUGAUAAAAGAUCUCUGAUUAAACAUCAGAAAAUACACGAAGGAGUUGUUUCAUGAUAUCAAUGAAUUAAUGUUUUAACAUUGUAGGAGUAUUUUUAUGUCACAAUGAAGAUUUAAUUAACUUAUCAAUUGAUUUCAACAUGAUAUGGAUAUUAGCCCCAGCUGCAAAAUACAGGCUCUGAAAUGAAAUAGUUACUAUUUAUGAGAUUUAACAAAAAGUGACUAACAAAAAAAAAGUUUGUUAGCUCGUUAGUCAGUAUGUGUUACACCUGUGCUGGCUUGUCCAUCUCGUUAGUGGGAAGGUGUUUCACCUGAGCUGGUCCAUGUUCUAUUUAAGAGUGUCUGGGCCAGUGCUCCAGUUGUCUUGAUAGAUGUAGAGAGUCAACACCUUCAGUUGAUCAACUUUUUGGGUUUGCUUCCUGUCUUUCAGUUUGUUUUGGGUUUUUCUUUUGUUUUCCUCUUGGGAAGAUUUAGUGGGUGUCUUUUAGGUCCCAGUUGUUGUUACUAGUCAACUUUCAGUGAACACCAUAGUGUCUAUCGGAACCCCUCCUAAAAAACAAGUUCUGUUUUGGGUUGGAUGUAGCAUCAUAUUGUUAAUAUUUUAAUCAAUGGCAUUUCCUUACAAUGCUCAUUAGUCUUUCAGUUGUUAGUCUUCUGUUUUUUAUUCUCAUUGUUUUGCAUCCAUGUCUGAAAUGAGCUGUAUAAAUAAAGCUUGAUAUGAUUUGAACAUAUUGCAAAAACAAAUUAA